CCAUUUGGUGGCGCUAAUAGACUUUCUGUGGAGUUCCUGUGAAGUGGGAGCCGUUAGCCGUAGAUAUCCGUAUAUUCCCCUGGAGAGCUACAUUUCGGGACUGACGGUAUUUCACAGUUUAAGGGUUAGAUGCCACUCCUCUACCACCACAAUUGAUCUGACAUUGCCCAGUAAGAAACACAGAGCAUUGUCAUGGUAUACAGUAUGACUACCACAGCUGUGGUGGUGGCUGGUGGAGUUGUCCUGCUCUCUACUGUCCUGAUCUUGGGCGCCUAUUUUCUGGGAAAGAAGAAAACUCCCCUGAUCACCCUGCUGGAGCCCACUGUUAAAUACCCACUGAAGCUCAUCGACAAGGAGGUGAUCAGUCACGACACUCGCAGGUUUCGAUUCGCUCUGCCCUCCCCGGACCACAUCCUGGGUCUGCCCAUCGGGAAGCAUGUUUACCUGUCUGCCCGCAUCGACGGCAGCCUAGUGGUGCGUCCGUACACACCGGUCUCCAGCGAUGACGACAGAGGAUUUGUGGAUUUGGUGGUGAAGAUCUACUUCAAGAACGUCAAUCCUAAAUUUCCUGAGGGGGGGAAGAUGUCCCAGUACCUGGACAGCCUACGGCUGGGAGAGCUGGUGGACUUCAGAGGGCCGGGGGGGCUCCUGGAGUACAAGGGCAAAGGGCAGUUUUUGGUCCAACCCGAUAAGAAGUCCCCAGGGGAAAUUAAGAUCGCCAGUUCCCUGGGCCUCAUUGCCGGUGGAACAGGUAUCACCCCCAUGCUGCAGCUGGUCAGAGCCAUCAUGAAGGACCCCAGUGACAAGACCACCUGCAGUCUGCUGUUUGCCAACCAGACAGAGAGGGAUAUUCUCCUGCGGGAGGAGCUUGAGGAAGUCCAGGCUCGGCACCCGGACCGCUUCCAGCUGUGGUUCACCGUGGACCAGGCCCCUGCAGAGUGGGACUUCAGUCAGGGGUUCAUCAGCGCCGACAUGAUCAGCGAGCACCUCCCGGCCCCGUCCGACGACAGCCUCGUGCUGAUGUGCGGCCCGCCUCCCAUGAUCCAGUUCGCCUGCAACCCCAACCUGGACAAGCUGGGGUACCGGCAGAGUCAGCGCUUCACCUACUGACCCCGCUCGGCCCCGUUCCCCACCGCAGUACAAACAGAGAGACGAAAUGACCCGAGGUUCCCUCCCCUAAAUCAAACAGGUGUUCUCUUGACCCUGGCGGACUGGAAAGCCUGUCUGUUGAAACCUUUUUAAUGUUUGAAAACGUGUGGAGUCGGCUAGGGACGCAGGCUGAGGCUUGGCAGUGUUCAGUCGCCGUUUGUUACCUGUUACCUGUUACCUGUGCUGUGUGUGCUGUCUGUAGCUCACUAAAUAACAUACCAGACAGGCACAGACAGCACUCUCACUCUUAUGCGAUCAUUUCACUCUUGUUGUGUGGCAGUAUAUACAGUCACCUGCCCAACCUGUCAGGUUAAUGUUUUUCUAACAAAUAUUUGGUCACCUGGGCUGUGCUUGUCUUGCAUAAUCUGUAAGGGCCUUUGCUUAGCUUAGUUCAAUAAGAGAAACAAGUUUAUUGUUGAUUUAAAAAAUAUAUAUAAACACUCCUUUAGCACACUGCCACAGACCUGAGUGGUCUUUUUAUGCAGAUUUAAGUGCUUCAGACUUGAGGUUGUGUCCAUCUGUUUAGAACAGUAAUGUCAAAAUGAGAAAGUUUACUUUGGUCCAGAAUUAGUUUUAAAAAAAAUCAUCCUUAUCCAAAGCAUGAGCUGGACGACAAUCAGUGGUUUCUUUUUCUUUCAUAUCUGUAUAUUCAAAUAUAUCCAAAUAUGGCGUUCAUAUGGAAGGGGGCUGCUAUUUAAAAAAAAUAUACAUAUAUAGUCGGAAGGGGACUGCUAUUGAAAAUAUAUAUAUAUAUGGCAUUUAGUUUGCACUUGAAUUCAAAGGCCACAUGCAGUGGAAAUGUACAUUUCUGUGUUGCAACUUCCUGGAGCGCCCGUUUCAGCUGGAACCAAUGAUGUGCCUUCUGUGUGCGACACCCAUUGUAUUUAUUCCUUCUACUGCACUGUGCUUGAAACGCGCUGCGGGCUCUCUGUUUAAAAACUGUGGGCCUGGACAUGUUCAGAUGUUUCCAAGAAGCGAUGCUUGGCGCGUUGCUCAAUAAUUCUUUUUGUAGUUUGUGGUGCUGUUUGCGAGCUGUGCGGCUAAUGAGUGUGACGGAAGCGUAGAGCUCGGUCUCUCUAGGCUGCUCGGCGAGUGCGCUGUGAGUGAAACCCAAUAAAGCGUCACAGUUCUGA